GCUGAACCGCAAGGCUGCCCUCAAGGCGCCCUCACUGGACGAUUUUAUUGUUGGCUGUGUGGUCUGCGCCGUUGGCCCGUCGUCCGCCUAUAAAUUCCGGCGGCUGUCAGUGGUUUCUUCCACCACCUCCCCCUCCCUUUUUCUACCAAACACCUUACUCUGAUAAAGCAUACUUCCGUUCUUACCACCUGCCGAACAUGGCCAUAAUCCAGUCCAUUCUCGAGUGUCUGCUGGGCUCAUCGGCUGAUAUUUCCGAACGCAACGUGCGCCCCUCUCCCUCCGUGGCAUCCGACAUUGUCACCACGCUCAUCACCGGGGAAACCAUCGAGAGCAUCCACAAAGACGUGAACGAAAUCAUCUCCAUCAGCGGAUGGACUGACUCUCUCGCGCAGGCCAUCCUGCGCGGCUUGGACGACGCCAUCCAAGCGGGCGCCGACAUGGCCCGUCCGGCCAGCGACGCGCUAGUUAAAGCCAAAGAAGCAGCGGCGGGGUUUGCGGAGGAGCACCCCGUGUUCACCACUCUGCUGGCAUUGGGGGUGUUGGCGAUUCUCCUCCCGUGGGUGCUGGAGGUGCUAGGGUUUGGCGAGUUAGGGCCGAUCGCGGGGUCGUUUGCGGCCCGGUGGCAGUCUACCUAUGCGGGGUAUGUGCCUCGGGGGGCGCUGUUCACCUACUUUCAGCGGCUGGGGAUGAAGUGGCAUUGGUAAUUCCUCGAUUGGGGCGUGUAUGGACAUAGAAGUGUGGGAAGGUUGAGAUGAAUGAUGAGUCGACUGUACUUACAUCAAUGCCAACAUUUUUUUAGUGUUAUGACCAAUGACAAGAUCGACUCGCGG